CAUAAAGUUAAUAAAGGAAAACGUUUUUUUUUAUAUCUGUGCAAUCUGCCUAGUUGAGCAAGUACCUACAAACCGACAGGUCUUUCGGGUUUGCAGUAGUUGGUUAUAUAAUUAAUAAGCAAAUCUAUUCACACAAUCACUCAUUCAUUCACUCGGCCCAAUUUUUAUUUAAGCUUAUUUAAAGUUAUCGGCAUAUAAAAAACUACAGAUCUGGUUAGGCUUUUGUUGACCAAUUUAUUUAAAACAAUAAGAAAUAAUAUUAUAGAACAUAAAAAAUGGAAGAUUAAUCAUUUGAGCAGCAAUAAAAACAAUCAAUAACUUAUCUUUGCAAUUAUAGAAUAGGAAAUGUGAAAGAUAAAUGAUAGUGUCGGCCCCAGUCGCAGUACAACAUCGUUUUAAAAGUAUGAAACGUCAUUUCUUCACUUAUUUUUAAAACAAGCGGCCGGAAGUAAUGAUAUUAUUGUAUUAAAGUGAAAAAAUGGAUAAAAGUAAUAGUAUGAUACGUGUGGAAAAAAAUAAUGUUAGACAGUACAAUAUUACAGUGAUUCCGAAAAAAAAUAAAUUAUUUUUUAUAUUCAUUCAAAUAUUUUUUGGUUUGGAUUUUGGUUAUAUAGUGUAUAAAAGUAAAAAAAACAAGUUUUUGGUAAAGUUGACCACAUUUUUGGUUUCAGUAUGCUAUGGGAUAGUUAUAAUAUCAAUGUUAUUUGAGAUAGGCGAUAACUUUUACCUGACUUGGGGAUUCAAAUUCUUUUUCGAGUAUUAUUUAUAUAUAUUCAUCCUCAUUUUCACUUCAGAUGACAGAACAUUUUAUUUUUAUCAAAUUCAAUUACAACAGUUUGAUAAUAAAGUCGGAGUUCCAACGUCGUCUUUUAAAUUGGCUAACAAAAUGAUGUUCUAUAUAUUUUUUUUGUUUUCUUUUAAUGUUUUGGUCAUAUUUUUAUAUUAUGGGUACAGUGAUGAUUACGAGUUACAAAUGUACUUACAGUUAUUAUUUUUCAUCCCUCUUCUUACUUAUGAUAUACCCAUUAUGAUACUUUUCUUCGUGUACCUUUCGAUGUUUUAUAGACUGGAGCGACUUAAAAUAUUAAUAGAAAAUCGAAAAUCCUCUGUACACAGUUUACUCCAACAUUAUAGGUUUUUAGUAGAUUCUAUAGAAAAGGUUAUGAAGUCUUUUACAUAUAUUUAUUUGCUGUCCUUACUUUUUAAUAUACCUGGUGUAAUGGCAUCAAUAUACUAUCUUCUUGAGACUAUACAAAAAACUGGUGACAAAAGUUUUGCACUGAUUGUACCAUAUAUUCCUCUGUUAUUAAUAAUCACAAAUAGAGCUGCUCCAGCCGUGGCAGCCACUUGGCUAGGACAAGAACCGAUGGAAAUGAAACUUAUUUUGUAUAAACGAAUUUUCGAAGAAAAAGACAAGCGUCAAAUACUGACCAUGGAGAGGUUCCUUAGAUAUAUAGAUGCUAGACCGUUCAAAUUCUAUAUGUUGCACCUAGUACCCAUGGACGUUACUCUCCUAGCGAUAAUUCUUGAAUCUUGUGUAACUUACAUCAUCAUCAUGGUACAGAUGACACAUAUUGUAUAAUUGAAGAAAUAAGAUUCUCUGUUUGUUUUCAACCUAACAACUAUUUGUCAGUAUUUUAGAACAAAGUAAUAAAUAUAAAAAUCCUUGGCAUAUAAAUGUUAUUUUUUAAAUUAUUACGUGUAAACAAUAAGUAUGUAGAAAAUGUAGACGGAUAUGAAAUUAUUCUUCUUUAAACUAUAUAUAUGAUAAACUUUUAUGAGUUAUAAUUAACUCUAACUGUAAUUCUGUUGUAUCAUAAAAAAACAAUCUUUCGGGCAUA